AUGCCUCAAAUUAAGGAAUACCAGCUUCACCCUACUGGAUGGGAAAAUGAUCCGGCGAGGGAGGAAAUCAAGCUUUGUACUCUCGAUUAUCUAACGACCAUGGCGUAUUUGAAUAAAGCUCUAUUCUUCGAGGUGGAAGAAGAGGAGAAGGCAAAGGUCGAAAUUAUCCUGAAGGAAGGGCUAGAGCGGACUCUCAGCCAAACCCGGCAAAUUAAUGGCUAUGUUGAGCCAAAUAAUGUUGGGGGAUAUUCUAUUAUCAAACGGAAAAGUGACACGGUCAAGUUUGUCGUUCAGUACCUCGACUCCCCAGAAGACAACUUCCCUUCCUACUCAACGAUAGCAAAAGCUCACUUCGCUACCGCUGUGCUUGGCGAUGCCAAAGUCCUGUGCAAUACCUCGAUGGUGUUUGGUAGAACACCCGAAGCACGCGCUGCCAACAGGCCUGCCCUGGGAUCCUUCAAGGCCACCUUCAUUCCCGGUGGUCUUAUUUUCGUUAUCCAUCACCACCAUUUUACCAAUGGAAUUGAGGCUGGCGGAGAAUUUCCUUCAUUCGACCCACGGUGUAUGGAUCGCAACUGCUAUGGUCUCCCUCUGGGAUUCGAGAGACCCUCAUCUCACUCUUCCUCUUCUACCCACAAUCAUGGGGCGCCAGCUGAAGCGCCGCUUUUGGUACAGGCCCAAUCGCAAGAACGGCCCGUUCAUUCGCUACUCUUCCACCUUCCCAAGAAUAAGGGAGCGGAGUUGAAGAAAGCUGCGUCGCCGGAUGAUGGGUCCUGGAUCUCUACUUUUAAUGCCCUUUGUGCUCUUACGUGGCGUGUUUUCUCUAGGAUCCGCCAACCUCUGUAUAAGCCUGAGGUGAACUCCGAGCCUUUGUUUGGGACCGGUGUUAGCAUACAAAAGCAUUUCAAAGAUAAGGGGAUGCCCGAGCGCUUGCAGAUGAACAUGCAGUUUGACAUUACAUCCGCUAGUUCCCACCUUACACAGCUCACCCUCGCCGAGGUCAUCUCGGAGGCACCGCUAUCGAAGCUGGCCAGUUACGUGCGCCGGCUGACCGAUAGCGUGAGUCUCAAAAUGUUGACCGACACGCUGGAGAAGUUGUCUUAUGUGCCGAUCGAGGAUCUAUCGAUCAGUGUCCACUCCUUCCCUCCCAUGGCCUUUUACAUCACUGACUGGAGGUCUGUGAAGCUUUCUGCUCUGGAUUUUGGCUUCGGUAGGCCUGUUGCAUAUCGGCAUCUCUUCACUGAGGUGCAGCGGGGCCAAGCAAUCCUCUACCUACCGCAGAGGGGUCCGGGGGCCGCAACUUCCUCCUGUUAUCUUACUUUCCCGUUAUAA